UCAGUCUUGCAUGCACGAUCUUUCUCAGUGGGAUGUCCUCUACUACAUGAACAUCUAAAAUGUUACCAAAAUUUCUGGAAAAUAGAGCGUGCCACUGGUUAUAACAGUAUAUUUGCGAAAACUAUUACAAGGAAGAUCAGCUUGGCCAUGUCCAGUGCACCACCAUCAUCUACAGAGCAGUUGAGUCCUGUCAAAUCAGAAGCGCAACAACUAUUCGGCAACUGCUGGAGCUGUCGAUUAGUAUCAGGCGGUGGACUGUUGGCUGCUGCGGCAUAUGUAUACAUGCAGGCGCGUAAAACAAUGCGUCUAGGUGGGCCGACAUCUCUGGGCACAGUUGCCCAAAUCGCAUUUGCAGCAGGAUUGGCUUCGUGGGGCGUCGUGGUGAUUGCUGAUCCAGUGGGAAAGGCGACAAAGAAAGCAUAGCGAUGCUGAACAUUUCAUAUAUCACCAAAACAACAGUGGCAUAAUAGCCUACUGCAAACUUGAAAUUGUGAAAACUGUGCUAAUGUAAGAAUGAAUUUACAAUCGUGUUUCAUUAAAUGUGUUUAUUUGCAAAA